UGCUAAAAGACAAAGUUUAGCAUUAGAGUCGGUGGUGAUAACUGUUAACACCCUUGCACCUCACUUUCUUUCUCAAACAAACCACAAUCACACCCUCUGUUUUUGCUUCAACCAAAAAAUCUCACUUUCCUCAGGAAAAAAACCAUGCUUGAACCCCAAACAGAACCCGCCAAGAAUUAUGGUAGUUAUGGUAGUUACCAUGUUAAAGAGUACGGUAACCGGCCGAGAAAAGCGGCUCAGAAUUAUGCGAGUUAUAUGGGUUCUUUGAGUCGACGGGAUGCGGAGUUAAAUGGUGAUGAUGAGUCUUCGUUAUUGUCACCACCGUUGUGGAAGAUGAGUCCGACUGCAAGUCCACAGCAUCGAAGGAAUAAUUAUAGAAGUUUGUCCCCUGCGUCAAAAGCUCAAGCUAUUGCCAGAGGGCAAAGGGAGCUUAUGGAAAUGGUGAGUAAAAUGCCCGAGUCGUGUUAUGAGCUUACUUUGAAAGAUCUUGUGGAGCAGCAGCCCGUGGAUGAAUUUAGUAAUAGACAAGAAAGUUUUAGAGAGGAGAAUAGAGAUCCGAGGGAAAUAGUGAGAAAGAGUGAUCAGAAUUAUAAGAAGGUGCAAAUGAAGAGAAAUGGAAGUUUAAAUAAUAAAAAUAAUAAUAGCAAUGAGGGGUUUUUGCUUAAGAUGGUGUUUCCUGUUGCGUUCGGUUCCAAGAAAACGAAGAAGAAGAAAGAACUGGUGAGAAACAACAGUUCGAAAAUUUCUCCGAAGUCGCCUGUUAAUGAUGGAUCUGAUAAAAGUGUUGAUAAAGAGUGGUGGAAGAAGAGUUUUUCGGUGUCGAGUGAGAACAGUGGAAGCACUGGAUCGAGUAGCAACGGUGGGAGUGGCAAGAGCAGUUCUAGCAGCAUUAGUAGCUCUAGUAGCAGGCAUGAGAAGGAUGGUUGCUGGCCUUUCGUUCGCACCAAGAAAUGCAUAAAGGCAGCAUGAAUCAGGUGCCUCAAUCCAGUUGCAGUACAAUAUAAACGUUUUGUAACUAUCCUUUAAUUAAUGUUUAUAUAGACUAGAAAUUACAAUAAUAUUAAAGGAAAACAAAAUUUCCAGGAUAGCAUGUAUAUUCGUUAAUGGUGUUUGGUUCUUUCUUUCUUUUUAUUUUUUGUUUGGGAGGUUAUUUUCUUGGAUUUUAUAUAUAUAUUUUCAAUC